ACUGCGUACGUUAGCAAAAGUCGAUAAACUGUUUGCGUAUUGGCGUAUUUGGCGGUAAUAGCUCGUUGCCCUAACCCUAGGGUUAGUUCACCGCCACAUUUAGCUGAAUUUCCGACAUUUUAACCCCAUCCGCGAAGCUCCUUCUCCUUCAGAGAGAGAGAGAGAGAGAGAGAGAGAUCACCUGGCCGUGAAAUCCAACCCUGCUGCCGGAUAUGACAAUACGGCCAGAUCCCCGGCUUCUUCACAAACGCGGGAUCUGACUCUCCGGCAAUAUUUUCUAUCCACCGACGACCGUCAUGAAUACAGACAAGAAAUCUCAGCCUCCUGCUCUGGCCAUGAUCUGCCUCCCCGCCAAGCAAGAGCAGCCGGCACAGCGAAACAACAAGCCGGAAAAUCAGACUUCGGCGGAUUUUCCGAUAUCGGCCCGGCCUCUGCAAUCCGUCCCUCCCUCCUCAAAAUUGCGUGACGACGGCGGCACUGAGAACGGAGCAGCAGAGGAAGAGAAGAAACGAGAGAGAGAGCACAAGCGCCGAUCCAAGAACUGGACUCGGAUUGAGACGCAGAAGCUUAUCCGGUUCCGAUCCGAGCUGGAGCCGAGAUUCUCCCGCAGCGGUCGGAAAUCCGAGCUCUGGGACGAGAUCUCGGAGCUUUUGAGAGGCGAAUCCAUUUCCAGAGAUGCUCAGCAGUGCAGAGACAAAUGGGAGAAGCUCACCGCCGGCUACAAGGAGGUCCGCGACGGCGUCCGGUCCAAGGAAGAUUACCCUUUCUACGACAAUCUCGACCCGAUCCUCUCAGUCAGAUCCCACCGGCGCGAAUCCCAGCGCGUCGAGAUCGGCGACGCCGGGUCCGAUGACGAAGACACCGAGGACGCGGCAGAUGUGACGGCGAGAAAGCGCCGGAGGCCGUCAUCUAACGGCGAUGGGACGGUGGAGGCGCUGAAGGAUGUUGUGGAGAGCCUGAUCGCGAAGCAGCACCGGUUCUUCAUCGAUCUGCUGGAAUCGAUGGAGCGACGGGAGAAGAUCCGGGAGAGAAUCCGGCAGGAGCGGGAGGAGAAAUGGCGGGAAGAGGACCGGGCGCAGUGGCUUGUCUUCCAGAACGCGAUGAUCCUUCUCACGAAGAAGCUUGUCGGCGAAGGAAACGUCAGGAGUGUGUCAGAUCCGGCCACCGGAAUCACGCCGGAGCCGGCGACGAUGGCCGGAGGGGUUUCGAAGAAACGAUCCAAGAACUGGAAGAGAGCUGAGGUUCUGCUGCUUAUAAAGCUGCGGACGGAGAUGGGAGGAAGGUUCGCGAAGUCGACGAGGAGAGCAGCGCUCUGGGAUGAGCUGGCGGGGCUAAUGUGCGCCGAGGGGGUGAGGAGGGACGGGAAGCAGUGUCGUGAGAAAUGGGAUAAGCUGAUGGCGGAGUUCAAGGACGUUUCGGACGGGAAACGGGAUCGCGGGGAUAGCCCGUACUUCGCGGAUCUCCUUGCGCGGGGAUCUGGGACGUUGGAUAAUCCAACGGCUGCAGUUGAAUGAUCUUAUGAUAGGUGCAAUGGACAGGAGAUAUAAGGUUUUUGUGUAUGUAUGGAGUACGCUCCUACGUAAGUUUUGCACAGCUUAAAUAAUGGUAGGAUACAUCGAUCCAGACCAUCCAAAUGCUGGGUCCCAUUGGGUAUGGGGUAUAUACAUGAAAUUGUACUGUUCAAUCGAUUCUAGCCGUCUAAUUAAUGGCUACUAAAUGGAUGGUUGAUAUUAAAUA